CGCCGCAAUCUCAUCCUCGACCUCGACUCCGGCUCGGCUUCAUAUCCGACAUGGCCAACAAUGGCGAAUCCGGCUCAUCGACCGGAGGAUCUAAUGCAAUGACUUUCAUUAAUGCUAUACCGCCGUUGGAUGGUUCCAACUACGGGAUAUGGGCACAGAAGCUAGAAGUGGCUCUCGCACUGUCAGAUAUUGACUUAGCUAUCACCUCACCGUGUCCCGUUAAUCCCCGGGAACUGGUGAGGGACCCGGAUGAGAGCUCUGCCGCUUGGCAAGCUCGCCAGAGAGAACAUGCAAAUGUUCAAAUGAAGUAUGAUCUUGAGAGAGCAAAAUGGAACUCUUCCAACAGAAAGUGCUUGAUGGUCAUCAAGAGUUUCAUUAUAGACAGUAUCAGGGGAGCGAUCCCAGAUUGCGCCACCGCAGUUGAGUACUUGAAGAAAGUUGAGAGUCAAUUUGUUGGCUCUUCAAAAGCUUAUGCGCAAACUCUGAUUCAGAGGUUAGUAAAUGACAAGUACACUGGCGGUGGUGUGAGAGAGCACGUACUGAAGAUGAGCAACAUGGCAUCUAAGCUCAAACCUAUGGACAUGGAGCUUCCUCAUGCUUUCGUUGUCCAUUUGGUUCUGGGUAUAAGUACAAGGACAAUGCUGCAAAGAGGGGAUAGAUGGCUGAAAGUCGCCAAUGGAGUUAGAGCCGAUGUUGAAGCAAUGAUUAUUCGUAUUAUGGCUAUAUUUAUCCAAUUAAAGAAAGAUCAAAAGCGUUAG